AUGGAUGAACGCCGUUUCACGCUUGCAGCCUCUGUAGUGCUCUUGACCCUGCUGUUGUUGAUUGGCCGGCUGAUCUACGUUUUGCCUAGCUGUCAUAACACAUUCGGGUAUCCUCAGAAAUCAACGGCGACAUCAAGGUCGGUGCUGAUCCUGCUGGGGUCCGGGGGCCACACAGGAGAAAUGAUUCGAAUUUUGCGCCAAUUUGAGCAUUUCGAUCGUCUCAAACGGCAGUACGCAGUCGCAGACUCUGACGAAACAUCGCUCGCUAGCAUCAGCAGCCUUGAAAAGUCUCCAUCUGUCAUCACCAUUCCCAGAGCCCGUAACGUUGGAGAGGGCAAGCUUUCUGCUUUUUUUCGCUCAUCAAAGGCGUUCAUAUCGACAUUUCUUCUUUUUUCGUCCAUGAAGCAGUAUCCUGAUGUGUUCCUGUGCAAUGGACCGGGUACAGCUAUUCCAAUAGCGUACGUGCUAUUUUUUUUCAAGUAUCUGGGUCUUUGCAGGACGAAAAUCGUUUAUGUGGAAAGUCUUGCCAGGGUCAACAACCUGAGUCUCACAGGAAAGCUGAUUCUUCCUAUCGCUGACCGAAUUCUGGUGCAGUGGAGCCAGCUCGCCAGAAGGUAUAAACGAUGCGAAUAUUACGGUAUAUUAGUCUAG